UCCGGGUGGGCUGUGCCACGUGACCGUUCCGUCUCGCUAAAGAUGGCGUCUUCCAGGGCAGCAGCGUGAAAGUUGGAGUCGGAAGACGUUGUCCCGUGGUGCUGGGAUAAAAAGCAGACGAGGAUCUUUCGCCAUGUCGCGACUGAUCGUGAAGAACCUCCCGAAUGGGAUGAAGGAGGAGCGUUUCCGGCAGCUGUUCGCCGCCUUCGGCACACUGACUGACUGCAGCCUCAAGUUCACCCAAGACGGCAAGUUCCGCAAGUUCGGCUUCAUCGGCUUCAAAGCAGAGGCGGAGGCCCAGAGGGCCCUGAGCCACUUCAACAAGAGCUUCAUCGACACGGCCCGCGUCACGGUGGAGUUCUGCAAGUCCUUUGGGGACCCGACAAAGCCCCGAGCCUGGAGCAAACAUGCCCAGAAACCGAGCGGGCCCAAGACAUCUUCACAAGACUCUGCUUGCCUGGAAACUAAGAAAGACAAGAAGAGGGAGCCGAGUGAACUGGAGAAGCUGAAGGAAGACACCGAGUUCCAGGAGUUCCUGUCGGUUCACCAGAAGAGGACGCAGGCAGCCACCUGGGCAAAUGACGCGCUGGACACUGAGCCCCCUAAAGGGAAGAGCAAGCCAGCCAGCGACUAUCUGAACUUCGACUCCGACUCGGGGCAGGAGAGUGAGCAGGAUGAGGAGGAGGAGGAGGCAGCCAGGGAGGAGCUGGAAGAGGAGCAGGGCCUCGAGCCCAAGGCGGCCGUGCAGAAGGAGCUGUCAGACAUGGACUACCUGAAAUCCAAGAUGGUGCAGGCUGGCUCAGCCUCGUCCUCGGAGGAGGAGGAGGAGGAAGAGAGUGAAGACGGAGCCGUGAACUGCGACGAGGAGAGUGAGGCCGAGGAAGAGCAGGAGACAGAGCACAGGGUGGCCAGCCUGUCACACGGGGCCCUGCCUGGGCGUGGGAGACCCCAGGACUCGGGAGCCGAGACGGAGAAACCAGCAAACCAGAAGGAGCCCACCACCCCUCACACCGUGAAGCUGCGGGGUGCCCCGUUCAGCGUCACAGAGAAAAAUGUUAUAGACUUCCUGGCUCCCCUGAAGCCAGUGGCCGUUCGGAUAGUGAGAAAUGCUCACGGGAACAAAACAGGGUACAUCUUUGUGGAUUUCAGCAGCGAAGAGGAAGUGAGGAAAGCGCUGAAAUGCAACCGGGAGUACAUGGGUGGACGCUAUAUCGAGGUAUUCAGGGAGAAGCAGGUCCCCAAGGCCAAGGCGCCCCUGAAGGGCAGCACCAAAUCUUGGCAAGGCCGCACGCUCGGGGAGAACGAGGAGGAGGAGGACCUGGCUGACUCUGGGCGGCUCUUUGUGCGCAACCUGCCCUACACCAGCACGGAGGAGGACUUGGAGCAGCUCUUCUCCGCCUACGGGCCCCUGUCGGAGCUGCACUUCCCCAUCGACAGCCUGACCAAGAAGCCCAAGGGCUUCGCCUUCGUCACCUUCCUGUUCCCAGAACAUGCCGUGAGAGCCUACGCGGCUGUGGACGGGCAGGUGUUCCAGGGCAGGAUGCUGCAUGUGUUGCCGUCCACCAUCAGGAAGGAGGCCAGCGAGGAGGCCGCUGCCCCGGGGUCAUCUUACAAGAGGAAGAAGGACUCCAAGGACAAAGCCAACAGCACCAGCUCCCACAACUGGAACACGCUGUUCAUGGGGCCAAAUGCCGUGGCCGACGCCAUCGCACAGAAGUACAAUGCCACCAAGAGCCAAGUGUUUGACCAUGAGACCAAGGGCAGUGUGGCUGUGCGCGUGGCCCUGGGGGAGACGCAGCUGGUCCAGGAAGUGCGGCGCUUCCUCCUCGACAGUGGGGUGUGCCUGGACUCCUUCAGCCAGGCCACAGCGGAGCGAAGCAAGACGGUGAUUCUGGCCAAGAACCUCCCGGCAGGCACCCUGGCGGCCGAGCUGCAGGAGAUCUUCGGCCGUUUCGGCAGCCUGGGCCGCGUGCUACUGCCAGAAGGUGGCAUCACAGCCAUCGUGGAGUUCCUGGAGCCCCUGGAGGCCCGCAAGGCCUUCAGACACCUGGCCUAUUCCAAGUUCCACCACGUGCCCCUCUAUCUGGAGUGGGCCCCCAUCGGCGUCUUCUCCAGCACAGCCCCGCGAGACAAAGCACCCCAGGACACACUGGCACAGCCUUCAGGAAAGGACGGGGCGGAGCCAAAAGCCGCUGACCGCGAGACCCCAGAAAAUGAAAAGCCAGCAGAUGAAGGAGCGGCAGUCUCCACAACCAAGAUGGAAGAGGAGGAGGAGGAGGAGGAGGAGGAGGAGGAGGAAGAAGAUGAGAGUCUUCCAGGGUGUACUCUGUUUAUUAAAAACCUCAACUUUGAUACCACAGAGGAGACACUGAAGGAAGUGUUUUCCAAAGCGGGGGUGGUGAGGAACUGUUCUGUCUCCAAGAAGAAAAACAAAGCAGGCGCGCUCCUGUCCAUGGGCUUCGGAUUUGUGGAGUACCGGAAGCCGGAGUACGCACAGAAAGCCCUCAGGCAGCUCCAGGGUCACAUCGUGGACGGCCACAAGCUGGAGGUGCGGAUCUCAGAACGAGCCACCAAGCCAGCCCCUACGUCUGCCCGGAAGAAGCAAGUUCCCCAGAAGCAGACAACCUCCAAGAUCCUGGUGCGGAACAUCCCCUUCCAAGCUGACCGCCGCGAGAUCCGGGAACUGUUCAGCACCUUCGGGGAGCUGAAGACGGUCCGUUUGCCGAAGAAAAUGACAGGGACAGGCACGCACAGAGGGUUCGGCUUCGUGGACUUCCUCACGAAGCAGGAUGCAAAGCGCGCCUUCAACGCCCUGUGUCACAGCACCCACUUGUACGGCCGGAGGCUAGUCCUGGAGUGGGCGGAGUCCGAGGUGACCCUGCAGGCCCUGCGGCGGAAAACGGCUGAACGCUUCCACGAGCCCCCGAGGAAGAAGCGGUCUGCAGUGUUGGAUGGGAUCCUGGGGCAGCUGGAGGACAGCGCAAGCGACGGCGAGGAGCAGAGCCGUCAGCUGUGAGCUGCACCGCCAGGGCUACCCCAGGAAGCCACCACCUCCGUCCCAAGGAUGAGGCCCCCAUCCUGUGCAUCCUGGUCUCGGGGACCUCGAGCCUGCUCCUGUCACCCUGGGACAUUUCCGAGCAGCUUCAGCGCUGGGCUGACUGGCCGUGCCACACGCAGAGUGGGGACUGUGCACACACUGAGGGUCUUGCCCAAGACAGCAGUCUCCGGCCAGGAUCGCCCUGGGCACACCCUCCCCAGCCCAGGCAGGGCCAGCACAGCCCAAGGCCAGGUGACACAGAGGAGAGAGGGCCACGGCCCCUCAGCCCCAGGCUGCGUCCACACACAGCCACUCCAGCCUGGCACCCCGAUGCUUGACCGUUCCUGGGGUGCGGUGGGGGGCUUGACAGCAGUGAUUGGGUCCACUAAAUCCAGACGUUCACCUGCACUUGUGGCCUCCUUCAUUUGGGACCCAAGGUGACCUCUAGGGAGGCUCCUGUGUGAAUCCAAGUCCCUGCGUUUCGGUGCCUGUGAGGCUCCAGGCCCCGGCAGCUCUCAGCGUGGCCCAGCCCCCCAGCCAGGCUGUGGGUGUCACAUACACCCACCCCAACUUGCCCCUGAGAACUGGCAGUGAGUGACGAGCCCAGAGUGUCUGUGCCCAGCUUCUCAUUGAGGUGCCCUGAAGCGGGGUGGGCUCGGGACCAGGCUCCCAAGAGGGGUGGGGGUGAAGGGGGUUGCAGGGCUGGGCCCCUCCCGCUCCGCCUGCUGCUCGUCUGUGCUGGGCUGUAGCACCUCCUGCUUGAGCCCGGUGUGUGUGGUUUCUACACGUGUCCCCACCCCAACGGCGGGGCACAGCCUCAUGGUCACCAAAAGUGACAGCCCUGUGGGCCUGAUAGGACCAGGCAGAGACACCGGGCCUGAUCCCCUGCUGUUGGGCAUCUUGAUCCUGGUGACAACCUCGGCGGCUUCCCCCGCAUCGUUGGUCUCCUCCUCACCCCUACACUUCGUGCUGUGAGUAGCACCUGUCCCAGGGAGCUCCAGGCACCCGUCCUGGGUCACACAGCGUGGGCGGGGUAUGCAUGGCUGCCUGACCCCAGACUCGGGACACAGGAGUGCGGGGCUGGAGGAGGAGCUGCUCCAGACUUGGCUGGGGUGAGGAGGCUGCCCUGUCCCGUCCCUAUCUAGUGUCCCCGAAGGCUCCUGUGUGACAGCUGGAUCACAGGUCCGCUGGCUUCCCGCAUGGUUUCUCCUCGGCCAGAUGUGCUGUUAGGAGGUGUCCCCAGGUGCCCCGUGAGGUCUCCUGUCCCUUGCUCUCUGCUGCCUCGGGUGAACAGCUGUCCUCACGCGUCUCCAUGCUCUCCCUGCCCCAUGGAAAGUGAGCCAGAUGAGCCUCCUCGUACUUAAGUUGUGGGUGGUAGGUAUUUUGUGCCAGUAAAGGAAAUGUGACCAAGGCACCCCUCAGCCUGGUCGCUGCGCCCCCGUCCUGGAGUCCAGGGGAGUUCCGGGGAGUGGGGCUGUACACAAGUAGCCCCGGGGUCCCUGUCGCCCCCUCCCGUCACCCCACAGUAGCCUCCGUUCUUCACAGGCAGCCAGCAGGCCUGUGGCUGAAGGCAGGAGCUGGAUCGCACCGCCCAUGGUCUAAGUCACUAAGGCCCUAACCAUCUCGCGGUGCCCGGGGCUCCCAGCAGGUCCCCGCCUUGGGCCUUUGCACGAGCUCUGUCUCCCUCCCAGGGUCCCAGCCUUUCGUCUUUCCGGUGUGGCUCCUCAUUCCCCCCUGAGGUCCGAGUGCAGAUUCACUUGAGCUCAAUCCCCUGAGCAGUUCAUGUGUCCCUGUCCCCGGUCCUUUCAGUCAGUGCACUCAGUGGAGGAACAGUCCGAAGUCUGAUCCGGGAGCUCCAUGCCCCGAGCCCUUUUCCCCUUUCGGGGAGCGCUGUGAGCCCUGGGCUGUUACUUACAGUCGCCAUCAUCGUCCCGUCAUGUUGAGGUUGGUGGAGCGAGCCGGGUGUGCAGCCGCCCAGCCCAGAGGACAGAGUGGAGGGGCCAGGGACACUAGGAAGGCAGUUGUGCGGGGACUCGUCCACCAGGGUGUGUGGGCCGAGUCGAGACUGGGCCAUGGCAGCAAGGGAGUGACCGUCACCAUCUCACAGGGAGCCUCCGGGACAGCAGAGCACAGGGAGAUCGCCAUCCCGGAAGUGACGCCCGGAGGCUCAGCGGGGCAAGGCGAUGGCCGGGAUGAGCUGCCGGUGCUAAGUCGCUCAGUCGGGUCAUCAGGUGCAGGAGGCAAAGAACUGCGACAGGGCAAGUGCCGGGAGAGCCAGUGGGAACCAGGGACACGGGGGCCAUGGCGUGGGCGCCAAGACGAGGCCACCAGCCUGGGGUGCUCAGCAGAGGGCCUCAGGUUCCUGCUGCUCCUCACCCCCAUCCCACCGGUGCCCACCUGGGGCUGGCAGAGAAGCCAGGGCACCCCUGCCCCUGAGGGCUCCCUGCCGACGGUGCAGCCCUGACUCGGGCACCCCACCCGCCCUUCAUGCACCCUGCUGUUGUCCCUACCCUCUGGCCUGUGCUCUUCUGACUCCCAGGGGGUCGGCGCCAUCAGAGGCCUGCCGGGCAGAGGGGGCCCUGGAGGAGGCCUGCCGGCUGGGGCAGACACUGGAUGGCAGCCUGCGUGGCCUAUGCAUGCGGGGUGCCUGGGGCUGAGGCCCGAGAAGCCUGACAACCAGAUGGAGGCGGGCAGGGUGGAGUGACCUCGGAGGGAGAGGAGUAGCGGGCUGCCAUACGGAAGCUAGAGAAGAACGUCUGUGCCCUGAGUCUUCUCAAGAUAAGCAGACCUCCAGAGAGGCCCGCAGGAGUUUCCAGGCGAGCGCCAUUGCUAGGGCUGCCCCAGAAGGAAGUCAUCCCAGGCUCAGCAGCCCAUGCCAGAGGCUCAGGGUAGCACCGCCGAGCCUAGUAGGGAGAAGCCAUGAUGAAAGGGGUGGAGGAUCCAUUGGGGGUCCCCACCUGGCACCCCAGGGUGAGCAGGGCACAGUGACCCAGCUGUUCCUUACACAGGUCCUGGGACCGGAGUGGCCCAGGUCGCUGUGUCUGCUGGGCCUUUGCCUGUAGGUCCUGUUCAGGGUGGGCAGGGCCCACUGCACAGGGGUCAAACUUCGCUCUCCAAAGCCCACUCGGGGUGGGGGCAGAUCCACAGUUGACAGGAGAGUCCUGGGUGUGGGUGACCCCCAGCUCCAGCUCCGCCUCCCUUGCCCCAAAACGAGCUGCGUCCUUUAGCCAGCUGCAGCCCCUGUGAGUGGCACCCAGAGUGAGGACAGCAGCCUGGCAUGUCCUCUGGCUCCUAGCUGGGUGGCCCCAGGGUCUGUAGUGUGGAGUCUCCAGCAGCCAGCCAGCCGAGGUGUCCCACAUCCUCCCUGCCCUCCAGCGCCUCCCCAAGAUUUCCUUUUUGUCUUGUAAGGGCCCUCAGCCGCUCCUGUGUCUCAGGCUUUGGUGAACAGAGCCCAGCUCGGUUUCAACAUCUAAUUCAAUUUGUUCUGCCGAGAUUGAAAUAUGAAAUGGUUGCCAGUCAAAUGUUCAAGGGUCGGGGGAGGGAGAGGGAGCGCCUGCUGAAAUUUAAAUUUUAAUGAAAAUGACUUUAAGCCUUUGGUGUACCUUGGGGGAGUGCAGCGCCCCCUCCCAUCCCCGGAAGAGAGCCCGGCGGGGGCUCCGUCGUCUUCACUGUCCCUCCCUCUCCGAGGUCACUGGCCUCGUGGUCAGUGUCCCCCAUCCUGCCUUGGCCGUGGAAGUGGCACCUUCCCCAAGCCCCGUAUGGGACACGCCAGCGUGCUGAGACGAUCCAGUGACCCCAGCUGCCUCCUCGCCCCUCUCCUUCCUGUGGUCCCCCUCUCUCCUCCCAGCCGCUUACCGGACAUGUGGAAACAGAGCCUCCAAGAGUGGGCGACAUUCCCGAGAGAAGGGUGUGCAAGGAGCCAGCGCCGGUUCACUAGGCAGGACGGGUCGGGCAGCAGCCACUGUGGGGCUCAGCCUGGCACUGGGGCUGGGAGGGGAGCACACUGCAUCUGCUGUCACUGAGGUGACUCGGGGAGGCAGAGCCUGGAGAGAGGAAGGAGGGACCCUGGGGGGAGCAGUGCCCGGCACCCGGCCUGGGACUGCAGCCAGCUGAGCAGCUGAGCAGCUGCCGAGGUCUGGGGCAGCCUGAGCCGCGGGGUUUCCGACACUGCAGGUGAGGGGCAGCAGGUGUGUGUCUGAGUGCAGGAGGGGGACACACGAAAGACCAAGCAGGAGACUGUCCUUUCACCUUUAAGAAAUCCAAGAGGCACUGUAGAGACUCAGCCCUCUCGAGACAGCCAGGAAAUCCUAGCACAGCUCAGAAGUUUCCAGGUUUGUUACUGUUUGUGGCACCAGGGAUGGAACCUGGGCCUGGUGCUUUCUAGGCGAGCGCUCCGCCACCCAGCUGUACCAAGGGACUCAGUUCAUUCGGAAGCCACUGUCAUAUAACUCUAAAUGCUUUUGGUCACAGAACCCUAUUUCCAAACAAGUAUGAUGUGGGCGCUGGGUACUUAGCUCAGUGGUGCCGCUGCCUGCCUCACAAGUGCAAGGUCCCAAGUUCGAUCAAGUUACCAAAAAACUAAAACAAAGCGAAAACUAUUGCAUUUAAAGUUUGGGUACAGGGCCUGGCCCUCCCACAUUCACGUCCUGCUCAGUGCCUCGGCAAUGUGAGAACCACCCCCAGGAGCAGGAGCCUGGACCCAAGUGGGGGAGAUGGUUUUAGGGCCCAGGGAAGUUUUUAAUUUAUGGCUUUGUUUUUUCAUGUUUGCCACAACUACAGAUCCAUAACUACCUCAGCCAGCCUGUGGUGUGCCGGGCUAUAAGGAAAGUUAGUAUAAACAAAUAUAUUAAGUGUAUGAAAAUAAAACAAAAGUAAUAAAGAAUUGGCAUGAGUCAUUCAAAAUACAAGUCAGCCAACUGCUGCCCGUUUGUAUAAAUAAAG